AGCGGCGAAACCGGAAAUCGACCAACCAGUCCCCCGCUUGGGCUGCUCGGACAGUUGGUGACGGCGCGACACGGAAGCGGCGCGAGUAAGACAAAGUAUCAAUCGCAACGUUUUCGCGGGAACAUACCUUCGUUGUCUGGGACGUCACUACCGUGCCUCGUGUUCGUUGUCGGAUUUCAACCUUGGUGCCGUUUUCAGAAGUCAUACGGAGGCGCGAUGGAAGUUGGAUGCGACUGGUCAUGCAAUUCAAGGCCCAGCCUCACGUUUCGGUUUCGGCAAAUUCGGGAAACGCCGCUACGACAAGUGCGCCUUGACUUUCCUUGCGCGAUUUCUCGCCAACCUCAAAAAGAGCAGACCAUCCUGUUCCUACUCCAGCACCUUGCUGUCCCUCUGGACAGUUCUUUCGCAUUGCUUGCUGAAGUCGCCCAAUGGCCCAACGAGAACAGCUCAGCCUCCCAGGCCCGUCGUGUUAUGGCGCGGUGUGGACGACAUGUUUGGCGGAGUGAGCCAAUACUAACAUAUGGGUCAAUUUUGGCGUUUGUAAUAUACAAGUCGACGGAAGGCACUGGGCCGCUUGUAACGAACGACCUUGUGAAUCCAAUGGCUUCAUUCCGACUUAAGUCCACGUUUGCGGGUGUCAGAUGCAGGCAUGCUGCGGUAACCGCCGAGGCAGUAGGGCUGAAUUCGGGGAUUUUUGCAGCUCCCGCCAACUCUUUUCUGUCCCGGGAACUGCAUGCAUCGUCUGUGGUGCCGCCCGACCCGUGUCGGUGCGUGCAACCGGACAAUGGAAAGCUGUUUCGCAACACGGGGAUCGCUCCAACCCGUUUCUUCGGCGCCAAACCGACGGUAGGUACUUCGCCGAGCACCGACCGGACGUUGCAUGCAGGCUCGCUGCCGUCGGAGUGGCGCCCGGGGACGAGCAGCCGCCAGUACUUGUCUAGAAGCCGAGAUGGUUUCGAAGUUGCUUCUUCGCAUACCAGCCGGUUGUCACAUGCCUCAAACCUCAACUCACCAUCAUACCAUUAUGAGCACCGUAUCACGGUUAUAUAAGCGUCCCGGAGUAUGUUGUUCCAACGGAAUGGCUCGAAGUUUGCGGGCUGUGCCCUAGCUUGCGCCUCACGUUU